AAAGUUAAUCAUUUCAGUGCAGAGUUAUGUGUCUGCCGCAUCAGUUUAACAUGUGAAUGAUUUGAAAAGACUCCAGACAGGACAACGACCAGACUCCAGCUAUGCCACAGUACUUAUCACUCCUGCUAGACUGUCCUGUUGUAAUUGCUGCCAUUUUUGUCUCUGGCAUUGGUGGGACAUUUCAAUAUGGAUUCAGUAUAUCUGUGAUGAUUUCUCCGUCUGCUUUUAUAAAGGAGCUGGUGAACAAAACAUGUCUACAGAGAUACAAUGUCUCCUUGGAGCCGUGGCAGGUUUCUCUCAUCUGGUCCUUCACUGUGUCCAUUUUCUGCAUCGGGGGAUUACUGGGGUCCCUGGUGGCUGGUCCACUGAUCUCAAAAUUUGGCAGAAAGCAAUGCCUUUUGUUAAACAAUUUUGUGGCUAUAAUUGGAGCUGUGUUGAUGCUUUUGAGCCAAACAGCCAUGUCCUUUGAGAUGAUUAUGGUGGGACGAUUUCUCUAUGGCAUCAAUUCAGGAGUCAGUCUUUCAGCUCACACCAUGUACCUUGUUGAAUGCGCCCCCAAGAAGCUGCGAGGGAUGGUGGGUGUGACCAUCGCUACCUUCAUCUCCUUGGGGAAGUUCUGUGGUCAGCUGCUGGGGAUCAGUGAAUUACUUGGUACACAGGAGAGAUGGUCCUGGCUGCUUGGUUUCAAUGGUUUCACUGCGUUACUCCAACUCUCCACCCUGCCCUUCCUGCCAGAGUCUCCCUGCUUCCUGCUGCUGGACAAAGGAGACCGCCAGGCCUGCGAAGCUUUAAGGAGGCUAUGGGGCAACAAGGACUACAGCAGGGAGGUGGAGGAGAUGUUGGAGGAAAAAGCUGACUUGCAGAGCAUUCGCAGCUACUCAGUGAUGGAGCUGAUUCAGAACCAAACAGUCCGCUGGCAGCUCCUCACCAUCAUCGUUACCUUCACUACACUGCAGCUCUGUGGCAUCAACGCCGUGUACUUUUAUUCUUUUGAUGUGUUUCGUGCGGCAGGAAUCCAAGAACACCAGUUACGUUAUGCUGCCUUGGGAACAGGGCUGUGUGAGUUGUCCACCUCUGUGGCCUGUUUCAUGACUAUUGAGAAUACAUGCAAAAAAGUCCUGUUGUUCAGAGGAUACAUAGGAAUGUCUGCAACACUGAUCCUCCUCACCAUCACUUUGUACCUGCAAAGUCAGGUCUCCUGGAUGCCGUACUGCAGCAUGGGUCUCAUUUUCAUCUGCAUUUUCUUUUUUGCCAGUGGACCAGCCGGAGUAACAGCUCCUCUUCCAGGGGAAAUAUUAACUCAGUCAUUCAAAUCAGCUGGAUACACCAUCGCCUGCACUCUCAACUGGGCAAGCCUGUUUGUGCUGGGGAUGCUCUUCCCUAUCUUAGUGGAGCAUCUGGAUUACUUUUGUUUUUUCAUAUUCCUGUUUUUCUGUGCCGGCUGUGGGCUGUACGUGAGGUUCAAUGUCCCAGAGACCAAGAAUCGGACAGCGCUGGAGAUUGCUAUAGAGUUUCAGAGGAUGCACUGCAAAUCUGCAGAAUCACAGAGGAAAAACUCCACUGAACAGAAAGUCAAUGGAAUCAAAACAUACGAGACCAAAUUCUGAUUAUAUUCACUGAGGUCAUAAAGUAACAAACAGAAAACAUUUAGCUUGAAGAAGACACUUUAUAUCACACUGAGGACAUUUAAAUUGCUUGAAUGUAACUAAAGCAGAAAUGCAAGAUAAAACUUAUAUACUCAUACAGUUUAAUUGUAUUAUUACAGACUGAACUGUACCAUGACAUUAAUAAAAGUGGCUUUCGUGUGUUCCUG